UUCCAAACUAGGCCGAAGCGUCGCGUCCAUCCCCUGAUGAAGAGGCAUCACUACGGGUACGAGUACACCGGUAGUGAUGACAACUCGAGGUUUACCAAGGAGGAGAUCAGCACAGAUGCUGUGAUGGAGCGGCUGGGAAAGAUCUUUAGGAAUAUGCCAUCCGGAGUUCCAGCCGCAGCUAUCCCGGAGUACUCCGCAGAGCGGCCUCCGAAGCAAGAGGAUGUGGACCGCUUCUACUCCAUGCCACCAUUGCCUGAGUAUGGUGAGGGCGGGAUGAGUUUGGAGCGAAGGGCAUCGGUACCACACCAAGCACCUGACGUCGAGACCUCCAGCGACACUCAAGAGGACACCGCAGAGGACUUGGCGUCAGAUGAGGAUUACGUGACUCUCGCCCAGCGCAUCGAGGUGAAGACCCGACAUGGGUACACCGCUGCUGCUGGUGCGGGGUCAUCGAAAAGGUCAGCAGCUCCCCUUGCUGAUGCCAUCCAGCCGCCUCCGAAGCAGAGGAGGACAGUGAUGAAGCGGUGCGUCAGGAAGGUUGUGGCGACGCCGAGACCAUCUGAUGAGGAGACGUCCGGUAUUGAGCAGGAUCCGCCUGCUGUCCAGGACCAAGCCCCCGAGAUCCAUGAUGUCGUGGAAAUCGAAAGCAGCAAUGAUGCGGUGCCCAUGGGGAUUCCCCUGGGUACCGAAAGAGUAGUCGAGCCGUCGGUGGCUUAGCAGCUAGAUGCUGUCAUGCUGCAAGGGUGACGAAGAAGCCUGACAAACCAAAGGAGACCUUGGAGUCGCCAGUUGCAGGCGCGAGGUUGUUCCAGCUCCUUAGGGGACCCAAGGACCAGUUGCCACGAUCAACGUUGAAAUCCACGGACCUGUCCUGGGAAGGGAACAGCUCGGGUGCUGCUGCAGGAGGUGAUACCCAGACUGCAGAGCAAGGCCAAGCCAAACAACCCCAAACGGACGAGACCGCAGAAGAGGAGCAACGACAGCCAGCUCCAUAGGAAGAGACGAUGGAAGGCGUCAAAGCUGUUACCGUGACAGAGCUUGCCGAAGCUGUAGUGCCAGACCCGGAGGCCAGCAUGCCACCGCAGGAAGAAGGUGCUCCAACUCCAGUCCCCGAGCGGCACGAGAACACGCGGAUGGUACUUGAAGCUAGCCCAGAGAGGUGCAUGGUCGACCACGAGACGGACAUUGAAGGUCCAACGCCAUUGCGGAGCGCGGACGCUGAUGAAGUUGCAGGAACAAGUAGCCAUACUGCAGAAGAAAGAGCAUGUGGCGAUGCAGAUGAAGUCGCUCCAGCAUUUCGACACCUUUGUACAGGAUAUCAUUAAGCAGUCGCGACGGAAGUCGCAGGUACUCGAGAAGCAUGCCGCGGACAUGAACCAUGUGGCGAAGCUUGAGGAGGACCUGCAGAAACAGAAAGACUUGUCGUCCCGGCUGCAAAUGAAGCUGGAUUCCAAUGCGGCAGAGUACCAUAAUGAGAUCCAGAAAUUCGCGGAGCAGAAGGAUGAACUUGUCCGCAAUAACAAGUCUCUGCACCACGAGAAGAAAGAGCUUCAAAAUUCCAUUGAUAAGUGGAAAAGCACUGCCGCUGAUUGGCAGGGCGCUUUCAACCGUGAGCAAGGAGCGCGUGAAGAGCUGGAAGAAGAACUCAAGGUGCUUUUCAUAGAGCUCUGCCAUGAACUUCAGCUGCGCCAUGACGGCGAAAUUGACUUGGUCACUUGUAUGCAGUCGCUGCGGGCGAAGAUGGAUGAAGCCGAGCUGUUGAAGCGUGAGCUGGUUGAGCUAAAACAAGCCGCAGAGCCUGUGGCCGAGUUGUUCGAGGCCAGGGUAGCUGGAGAAGAGCCACGGCUGCUUGUAGAGAGACUGAGGGGUCAUCCAGGCAAAGUGUUCGAGUAUGCACAAAGGCUGGCGAGGUCGAUCUCCAAUCAAGUGCUCAGCUUUAUCAAAUCCUUCUACCCGAUGGCCAACCUAUCCGUGGUCAAGGAGGGUGUGGCAGCAGAUUGCUCCGAUGAGAAGUUCGAAGAGCUUAUGGCAGAGACAGCCCCCAUUGCGAAAGAGAUGGCCAGCCGUAUCGACUUGCGAUGAUGUAUCCGUAGAAAAACUUGUAGGAACAAGUGUAAUAUAGACAGAUAUGAGUAGUAAUUGAAAACAGAGUAGUCAA